AUUUAAUGUUGUUUAUUUCACUAUUGUUUGAAAUAAUAAUUCACUAAAAAAUUUAAGCUUUGCGCCAUAUUUCGAGAACGAUGUUUCGUGGUCGUGGAUCAGCUGCUCCGCGCAUUGUUUGGCACUCGGCAUUGUUGACGCAAUGGCCAUCGACUGAAAACGUUUCUCUUCCGUAGUCUACGAAUAUUCCUAUUUUAUUUCAAUAAUAAUAAAGUUAGACGUAGAAUUUUAAAAAUGUCUGUUCAACGUGCAUUACCUCAGAGCAAAGAAGCUCUUCUCAAAUCUUACACGACAAGAUUGAAGGACGAUGUCAAAUCUAUGCUGGAAAAUUUUGAAGAAAUUGUCAAACUUGCGAAAGGAGAAAACGAUUCGCAACUAUCACGAAUGACGCAGUGCGAACAGGAUACUUAUGAGAUGCAUGUGAGGGCAGCAAACAUAGUGAGAGCAGGGGAGUCUCUGAUGAAACUCGUGUCUGAUAUAAAACAGUACCUGAUAUUAAAUGACUUUCCAUCGGUGAACGAAGCAAUAGCAACAAAUAGCAAAUUAUUCCGUACGAAGCAAGCAGAGUGUGAUCAAAAAUUGGCUUCUUUGCGAGAUGACAUGGCUGCUGAUCUCUAUGAUCUUGAGGAAGAAUACUACACUUCGAUAUAUAAAUGAAAUUCAUUGUUGGAGUGGACGAAAGGGACAAGCGCUAUUCCUUCGGUUUCGUUGCAGCUGCUCAAUUUGCGACUGUUCGAUUCCCCACGUUGUAUUAUAUUUAUUAGAAUAAAUAAUCAUUUUCGUAAA